AAGAGUCACUGUCAAAACAAUUAUUUGGCCUAUUGCACAUGUACAUGGGCGAGUGUCAAGAAAAAGACGAUGUAUCGACGACUGAACUGAUCGUCAGCUGUGCUUUGAGAGUCUUUUAGAAAGAUGACAGUAUCUUAUUUAGGGGAGUUGUUACCUGUUUGGCUUGCUGUCCUUAUUUAUAUAGUUGUAUGAUUACUAACAAUGAAGUAACAGGUCAACUAAAGCAUAUUUGCUCCGAUCUCCAAAAGACGAACAACAGAUUUGUUCGAUUUGGUUUAUUGCUCGAAUGAUCGGAAACAAAUCAAGAUGCGAAGCAGGAGCAAUUCAGGAGUCCGACUGGAUGCGUUCUCUAGACUCGUCCAUGAGACCAUCCUGUGCUAUCAGAAUCCAGUGACAGGUUUGCUCCCGGCCAGUGCGCAGCAGAAGGAUGCCUGGGUCAGGGACAAUGUUUACAGCAUUCUGGCAGUGUGGGGACUGGGAAUGGCUUAUCGCAAGAAUGCGGACCGUGAUGAGGACAAGGCCAAGGCCUAUGAGCUUGAACAGACUGUGGUCAAGCUGAUGCAAGGACUUCUGCAGUGCAUGAUGAGACAGAUGGAGAAGGUGGAGAAGUUUAAACACACACAGAGCACCAAAGACUGCCUGCAUGCCAAGUACGACACGUCCACUUAUGCUACAGUGGUUGGGGACGACAAAUGGGGGCACUUGCAGGUAGACGCCACGUCAUUGUAUCUGCUCAUGCUGGCACAGAUGACGGCUUCUGGCCUGCGUAUCAUAUCGAACCUGGAUGAGGUGGCUUUUAUACAGAACUUGGUGUUCUACAUUGAGGCUGCUUAUAAAGUCGCUGAUUAUAGCAUGUGGGAGCGAGGAGACAAGACAAACCAGGGGAUUGCUGAAUUAAAUGGUAGCUCUAUUGGAAUGGCUAAGGCUGCACUGGAGGCCAUUGAUGAACUUGACCUAUUUGGAGCUCAUGGAGGCCCCAAAUCUGUAAUUCAUGUUCUACCAGAUGAAGUGGAGCAUUGCCAGUCAAUCGUGUGCUCCAUGCUACCACGAGCCUCUACGUCGAAGGAAAUUGAUGCAGGCCUGCUCUCGGUUAUCUCCUUCCCUGCGUUUGCAGUUGAGGACGCUGACCUUGUCAACAUCACCAAGGGUGAAAUCAUCUCCAAACUGCAGGGACGUUACGGAUGCUGUCGUUUUAUUCGAGAUGGCUACAAGACCCCGAAAGAGGAUCCUUCUCGCCUUCAUUACGACCCUGCAGAACUGAAGCUGUUUGAGAACAUUGAAUGUGAAUGGCCAGUCUUUUGGACUUAUCUCAUACUAGAUGGUGUUUUCAGUGAGGAUCGUGUACAGGUGCAGGAAUACAGGGAGGCUCUGGAGGGUGUUUUGAUCCGAGCCCAACAUGGCAUCCGGCUGAUGCCUGAGCUUUACGCUGUACCUCCUGACAAGGUUGAAGAUGAGUACCGGAACCCUCACAGUGUGGACCGUGUAGCCACAGGACAGCUGCCUCACUUAUGGGGACAGUCUCUCUACAUUCUGAGCAGUCUGCUAGUAGAGGGUUUUCUUGCUCCUGGUGAGAUAGAUCCUCUAAACAGACGGUUCUCCACUGGGUUCAAACCGGAUGUUGUUGUCCAAGUCAGUGUAGUAGCCGAGACGGAGGAGAUCCAAGCACUGCUGAGGGAUUAUGGGAUUGAGGUGCAGAGUGUUGCCGAAAUCCAGCCCAUCCGAAUCAUGCCAGCCCGUAUACUGAGCCACAUCUAUGUCAAGCUGGGGAGCUGCAGGAAGCUGAAUUUGACCGGGCGGCCCUAUAGACACAUUGGUGUUCUAGGGACUUCCAAGUUCUAUGAGAUCAGGAAUCGUACCUACACCUUUACCCCACAGUUUAUUGACCAACAUCAUUUCUACCUGGCUCUGGAUAAUCAGAUGAUAGUGGAGAUGCUGAGGACCGAGUUAGCCUACCUCUCUUCCUGUUGGAGGAUGACCGGGAGACCCACACUCACCUUUCCAAUUACACAAAGCAUGCUGGUGGAGGACGGUGAAAACAUCGAUCCUUGCAUCUUGUCUACUUUGAGAAAGCUCCAAGAUGGCUAUUUUGCAGGAGUGAGAGUUCAGAUGGCAAACCUCUCCACAUUCCUCACUACCUCCUUCCACACCAAACUCACUUUCAUGGAUGCUGACUCAGAGGAGAACCUUGAAGAAGAAGAGGAUGACUAUGAUGAAGAUGAAGACGAUGAAGAAAAUAUCCAUCGUUUUUCCAGCAGUGGAGGUUCCAAAGAUGUGCUCGACCAGUACUUCGCCCACCUGCUGGAGAGCACAGCCACAAAGUCGCAUCUCCCUCCCAUCCAGAAGGGGCAGGACCAUGUUUUCAGCGCUGAGCACACCACCAGGGACAUCCUCACUCUCAUGGCUCAGGUUCAGGGACGCAACAUGCCCAAGGCAUCUAUGUAUUUACCUGUGGUUCCCAUCAUGAACAAACACAGGAAGUCUCUGAACCUGCUGGAACUCCCACACCCUCUACAACACACUCCUCAACAAAAAAAGGCUCCUGCUCCUGACCUUCACCUGCCCCGUGAUGCUCAAGGCAACACAGACUUUGCUUCUCUUGUGAAUCACCUGAAGGAAUGCCCCACAUUACAGGACCAGGCUGAUAUUCUUUAUAUCCUUUGUGCUAUGAAAGGUCCAGAGUGGAUGGUGAAUAUAUCAGGGCAGAAGGUAGCGACAGUGCGCACUCUACUCGAAGAGCUUUACGUCAAGGCUGGAGCAUGUAAAGAGUGGGGACUUAUUCGGUACAUCUCUGGGAUAUUGAAGAAGAAGGUGGAGGUCUUGGCUGAGGCCUGCACUGAUCUGAUCUCACAUCAGAAGCAGCUAACCGUGGGUCUUCCUCCAGAGCCGAGGGAAAAAGUCAUCACUGUUCCUCUCCCACCUGAAGAACUGAAUAAUUUGAUCUAUGAGGCCAGCGGUCAGGAUAUAAGCAUUGCAGUACUUACACAGGAAAUCAUGGUGUACCUAGCUAUGUAUGUGCGCUCUCAGCCGAAUCUGUUCGGAGACAUGCUGCGCCUGAGGAUAGGCUUGAUCAUGCAGGUGAUGGCAACCGAGCUCGCUCGUAGUCUCCAAUGCUCAGGUGAGGAGGCAUCUGAAGGUUUGAUGAACCUCAGUCCAUCAGACAUGAAAAAUCUGCUUCAUCACAUCUUAAGUGGUAAAGAGUUUGGAGUGGAGCGGAGUGUGCGUCCCAUUGACUCCAUGGCCACCAGUCCAGCCAUAUCCAUCCAUGAGCUUGGACACACAGGAGCCACCAAAACAGAACGCACAGGCAUCAGAAAGCUGAAGUCUGAAAUCAAACAGAUCUGUACUGGCGGUUAUUCCACAGGUAGUAAUGUCACAUCCCCUCGCUCCACGAGGUGUAGCAGUCCUUCGACCCCCAGUGGCAUCAUGUCACCAACAGGUACAGGAGACUCACGCCUGCAGUGGGAAGAGCGCCAGGGGCAGUGGCUUAGGAGACGACGUCUAGAUGGUGCUAUUAAUCGAGUGCCCAUGGGUUUCUACCAGAAAGUAUGGAAGAUCCUGCAGAAAUGCCACGGGCUCUCAAUCGCAGGAUACGUUCUGCCCUCCUCUACUACCAGUGAGAUGACAGAGGGAGAGAUCAAGUUUGCAGUGCAUGUGGAGUCCGUGCUGAACCAUGUUCCUCAGCCUGAGUACAGGCAGCUACUGGUGGAGGCCAUCAUGGUGCUCACUCUGGUGGCUGAUAUGGAGAUCCCUAGCAUCGGUGGAAUUAUUCACAUCGACCGGAUUGUUCAGAUGGCAAACGAACUCUUCUUACAGGACCAGAAAUCUAGUGGGGCCAAUGAGUUUUUCCUGGAGACAGAUCCUGCCACAGGAAUCUGCAACUUCUUGUAUGACAGCGCCCCGAGUGGCAGCUACGGCUCUAUGACCUACCUAUCCAAAGCUGUGGUCACGUACGUCCACGACUUCCUCCCCAGUGGCAGCUGUCUGAUGCAGUGAGAAAAGCUGCUUCAGGAACCUCAUCAUCGACCUGGGAUCAGUCAAUUUACUGCCUUUCACAUCUGCGGUUUCAGAUUAGUAGGAGAGCGGCAGCCUGAAUGGUGGAUAUUCCAAAAAAAAAAGGAGAAGUAUACAACUUUAGACCACUGAUUGAAGCUGAUUUUACUCAUUUUAUUUUAUUUAAAUUAAUAUUAAUAUAAUCUCAAUAUUAAUAUAAUAUUUAUUUUUCAAAUAAAUAGCUUACAUAAAUGAAUUACUUUUUAUUUAAAUAUUUAAUAAUUUAUCAUUUUAUUCAAGAAUUCCUCAAACAGCGACCAGUAUCCCAUAAUAUUAUAGUGGAAACACAUUGCUUCCAUGUGUAUUUUCUGUUGUAUUGCUGUCUCUCUGUGGUUAUUAAUGCAUGUAGCUAAUGUUUGUUCUGACAAUUAGUGCUUACUCGUGAAUACACCUAGUGAAUACACUCUGAUAGUGUAAUCCUAAAUAACGCUCUAAUGCCAAUGAGAAUAGUGCAGCAUAAUUUACCUCUCAUAUAAGCACUGUACUGGGCAUGUUUACAUGAAUGUGUUACACUGAGAUGAAUGUAAAUCCAGACAUAAAUUAAUACUGUACAUUGUUUAUAUACAUGUAGUGCUUCCUGAAUUGGAGAACUCUGUUGACAGGAACCUGAACAAUAUAUAAUUUUUUUCCUUCCUUGAAAAUGACACAUUUAUGAAAACUCAGUCAUUUAGGCAAAUGGGGAACUGUUGGUUUUUCUUUACUGUACUGUUAUUGCUUCUGUACUCUCACUGGGAGAGAUCACAGCUUCAUUUCUCAUGUCUAGGUAGUCGGUGUUUAGUGGUUAUAUUUAACUGCAAUGUAUUUCACUUAUACGCAGAUAUAAAUUUGUUCAGUUUUAUGAA